AUGUCGCAGCAAGGUCAAAUUCCGAUAAACCCCAUGGUCCCCCCGCAGAACCCCAUGGCCACCAUGCAGGUUCCUAUGCCCAUGCAUAUGCAGAUGCAGAUGCCCAUGCCCUUGCCCUUGCCCAUGCAGAUGCAGAUGCCCCUCCCCAUGCCGCUACAGAUUCCCUUCUCCGUCCACGACCCCGCCGCCGCCUCAUCCGGGAAGCGCCGCCGCGAUGAAGAGGCUCCCGGCACCGCCUCCGCGCCGGAGCAGUCCGCAGCGAAGCGUGCCAAGGGACAGGACGUCAUAUUCAGGAUUGUCGUGCCCUCGCGCCAGAUCGGCAAGGUUAUCGGGAAGGAAGGGUGCCGCAUACAGAGGAUUCGAGAAGACACCAAAGCAACCAUCAAAAUCGCUGACGCAAUUGCCAGACAUGAAGAGCGUGUUAUCAUUAUUAGCUCUAAGGAUAAUGAUGAAAAAGUUACUGAUGCAGAGAAAGCUCUUGAACAAAUAGCUCACUUAAUUUUAAAGGAAGAUGAUAGUAGUCUUGAUGCAUCAAAAGUUACUGCAGGACAUGUGGCUGCCAAUACGAUAAGACUUUUGAUUGCAGGGUCCCAGGCAGGUGGAUUAAUUGGGAUGUCUGGCCAAAACAUUGAGAAAUUGAGGGACUCUUCUGGUGCCUCUAUUACUGUUCUUGCGCCAAAUCAGUUACCUUUAUGUGCUUCUGCCCAUGAAUCUGACAGAGUAGUGCAGUUGUCAGGAGAUGUUCCUUCGGUAAUGAAGGCUUUGGAUGAGAUAGGUUGUCAACUAAGGGAAAACCCACCAAGACAAGUGAUUUCAAUUAGCCCAACUUACAAUUAUGCUGCAAUUCGAUCAUCCCAGCCAUAUCUUGACCCAACAUCAGGACAACCAAUCUUGCAGUUGAUUAUAUUACAUUCGAGAUGCUGA